AUGUAUCCCCCGCCAACUUCAACUGAAAAGUCGGACGAGGAGACCCAGAGACCUAGAAAGCGUGUCGCGAGGGCUUGCGACUCGUGCUUCAGAAGAAAGAUUAAAUGUGAUGGCGUACAGCCGCAAUGUAACUGGUGUAGUCACCAUGAUAUUGCCUGCACAUUCGAGCGGAUCACCGUGAGGAAGCGAAAAAUUACCAAGAACCCCAAAGGUCCGGGAGAGUCGUCUGAUCUAGCCGAGCGAAUCGAGCGAAUAGAGAAGUUUUUGACCAGCAGGUUGAUGAAAGAACCGGGUUCGCACGACGACUUUCGCGUGCGUGCGCCAAGCAGUGCCCCAGAGCUUUCUGACGCAUCGCCCACACCCUACAAGCAGACAUCGGGCUCGUCUUCUGUGGCUCUACACUUUGCAGGGAGAGCGCUUGGGGUGUUCAACCUGUUCACCGGUAUCCCUCUGUUGCUUCCCGAGGGCAGGCAAUGGGUGCAGGCCAGGACAGGCCAAAAUGUCUCCUUUUCCAGGCUAGUCAGCUCUGCUAAGACCCCGUGGGAGAGGCAGCGAGCGUUCAACUACGACGCCAUGAUGACGAACUCCACCACCUCGAACACGUUUGAGCUGCCACCGCGACAUAUUGUGGAAAGCUACUACAACAUGUUCUGUCAAUCGUUGAUGCGGCUGAUUUUCCCGGUCCUCGAUCCAGUCCUGUACAGGGACACCAUUUACCAAGCCUACGAGCAGCCAAACCCGAGACCUGCUCAAGAGAAAGCAAGCAUCAAGGCAUCUAUCUUCGCCUUCGUGGCCUUUGCAAGCCUCGUUCCACCCCCCGAAAUCGAACUACAAAGAGGCCUGCCUCCAGUCGAUAAUGAAGCCUACAUAGUCAAAGCGCAAUAUUAUGUGCCUCAAAUAUUGCAAGAGACUAGUUCUCUGGAAGGAUUGCAAGUGUUCAUAAUGCUGGGAGUGUACGAGCUUGUAACAGGUAAUCUUCAGUCUGCGAAUUACUACGGCUCACUAGCUGCGCGUAUGAUCUUCAUUCUUGGCGGCCACACGGCCUUCUGCUACUCGAGCGAGUAUCUCGCAUCGCUUCCCGACGAAACCAGCGUCCGUACCCAGCAGCACAUCCGACGCAUCUUCUGGCUUUGCUACACCUUCGAGAAGGACGUCUCCCUCCGGACGGGCCAGCCGCAGACCCUGCCCGACGAGAAUUGCGACCUGACCCUGCCCCCCAAUUACGACGAGACCCUAGCCAUGCACGCCGCCGACUGCCAGCACCUCAUCCAACAUCCCAUCCGCAGCACAGACAUCGACCCGCUCUACCCGGUCGACAUCCGCCUUAGCAUCAUCAAGUCGCGCGCCUACAGCGCGCUGUACUCGUUCCGCGCCCUCAAAAAGACCGACGCCGAACUCCUGAAGGAGAUCCGCGAGCUGGAUGACGACCUCGAGCGCUGGCGCCUCUCCAUCCCCCAGCAGUGGCGCCCCACCCUCUCCUUCUCCCAGGAAACCCCAGACCCCGACGCCACCAUGCACAAGGUCAUGCUGCGCCUCAACUACCACCUCUGCAUGAACAUCAUCCACCAAGCCAGCAGCCGCUGCCGGCCCUGGGCUCAAGACCAGGGCGGUAUCAUGGACGGCGUCAAUUCCAGCCUCGCCUUGUCGGUGGAAGCCAGCCGCUCCACGCUUCUGUACCUCCAGGCGUCUGAGCAUGUCUUGGUCGCGGGUAUAUUCUGGACCCUAAUCUUCUACCCUAUGUCCGCCCUCCUCGCCAUCUUCUGCAACAUCCUCCAAUACCCCACCGACCCGCAAGCCACCAAGGACCUGGGCUUGCUCAAGACGGCUAUGAGCAUGAUGGAGCGGAUCUUCCUGCGCCAGCCCUCCUCGGUCAGCGAGAUCAUGCACAUCAAGAUGGUGGCGGAUUUCGUAACGGAGCUGUAUCGUCUGGCGAGCUGUGCGAUUGAGAAGGCGUGGAAUGAACGUUCUUCCGUGUGA